AGUGAAAUAAUCCGUCGGCCUUAGUAAAUAAUUGACUUAAAAGAAGCUCCUAUGUCUUGCUGAAGUUAGUUUCAUAUUAUUUCAAGUUUCCCGAGAUAUUUUCCCAAUAGACUAGAUCAAAAAAUACUUGGAAAGAUUUUAUAUUUUUGCAGUUUAGUUUAAUUAGACCCAUUGGGUUCUGUACGUCCUGUUCUGCUGCAUAGUUAAUCCCACGUUCUUUGAAUAGAAACCACACCUUUACUUAUUUUAACGAGAAUGAACAGAAGAAAGGAGAGGCUGACUCUGAAAGUGUGGAUCUCAUUGUCAACAUGUUGCUCUCCGUGUUGCUGCUGCUUCUGGUCUGCGGAUCACGAGCCGUCCAUUAUUACGGCACCGUGACGACCUACUACCCAAAGGAAAUGACAACCGAUGGAUCUCUCUUGGUGAACGUUCGCUACAAGCUGAGCUUCGUUGCUUGUACGGCCAACGACACGUGGAGUUGCACCGGCAACUGCGGCAGCGAGACGGCGGAUGUUGAGCUGAACGUUGUUGAUGAAAGCCCAGGGGAAUGGUGUCAGAGAGAAGGGGUCAUGACCCGCCUGGUGGCCGGCACCGCUCCGUUUCAGCUGUUGUUGGAGGGUGAAAACUGGAUAACUGGAAUCAUAAACAGCAUCGUGUCCUGGAGAGCCGUGACUGACGCAGAGCUGAGUUUCCGGUCUGAUAGUAACCAAAUCAACACCUCACCAGUCACCACCAUCCUCCCCGCUCUGAGGAUUCCUUCAAACUGUCCGAGGAACAUCAGCUUGUUGGCGUUUGACCCUGAUGGAGACGAGGUCAAAUGCAGAAACGGGAUUACGGCAGCUGCAGAGUGCAACCCGUGCACGCCUCCGUCCGUCCUCAACCUCUCGUCUUCCUGCACUCUGUCAUUCAGUCCAACGAACAGCAGCAACGAAGGGCCGUACGCAGUGCAGCUGGUCAUGGAGGACUUCCCCAGGCAGAACAUAAAUCUGCUUCAACCCGACGGCUCCUUGGUGCAGAAGACGACCAACGAAGCCAUCAGCAAAAUCCCAGUCCAGUUUGUUUUGAAAGUGGAUCCUGCUGUGCCGUCCUGCUCUGAAGGAGUCUAUCUGCCCAGAUUUCUUUCUCCGACUCCGGCCCAUGGAGCCCAGAUCCUCACCUCCGUCAAUCAAACACUAGAAAUCAGCAUUAGAGCAGAGGCCGCUCAAUCCACGAUCUCUGGUCUCCUGUUCAGCGGUCCCCAUAAUGUGAUGAAAAACUCACAGGCGCUGGGAAACUUCACCUUGACAUGGACGCCAUCUAAUGUUGAGAGCGGAGAAAGCCAUCCCAUCUGCUUUGUUGUCCAGUCGAGCUUCGCUUCAUCCGUGUAUCAGUCUGACCUCAGAUGCGUCACUGUAAAAGUUGGAACCCCCGUCCUAACAUCAACCGUAUCCCCAACUACAACUACAGCCACACCAACAACAACCGUAUUCCCAACUACAACUACAGCCGCACCAACAUCGACUGUAUCCCCAACUACAACUACAGCCAUCUUAACAUCAACCGUAUCCCCAACUACAACUACAGCCACACCAACAACAACCGUAUCCCCAACUACAACUACAGCCACACCAACAACAACCGUAUCCCCAACUACAACUACAGCUACACCAACAACAACCGUAUCCCCAACUACAACUACAACCACACCAACAACAACCGUAUCCCCAACUACAACUACAGCCGUCUUAACAUCAACCGUAUUCCCAACUACAACUACAGCCACACCAACAUCGACUGUAUCCACAACUACAACUACAACCACACCAACAUCGACUGUAUCCACAACUACAGUUGUUUUUCCAGUAGUCCCACCAAUCGUGCCGCCAUCACCUCAGACCAAUGCAACAACAACUCCGCCGCCUACAAGCACGUCGGAUCCAGGACCAUAUUAUGUUAUUGCUUUGAAUGCAAAGAUCUCAACGACACUUUCACUGGAGAACGACUACAACACAAUCCUGCAAAUGAUUAAGAAUGAACUGACUGAUAAAGGAUUACCACAAAACAUAAUCCUAACCAUCCGGAGAAACGGUGCGCUGGAAAUGACAACUGCUGCCCCCUAGCGGCCAAAAGUCAGAAUGUUGCUGAACUCUGGAAAAAUUAAAUGGGUUUAAUGCAGCUUCGCUGUUUCAUCUCCUGUCUCUAUAUGGUUCACUAUAUUUUAUUUGAUUUCUACACAUGCAUUUAACUUGUUUAUUUAUAAACCUCACGUGGAUAUAAUGUGGAUGAUUACAUUUUAUUUCUGGUUGUCUAAUCAAUUUUUCUGUGGAUUCCUUAAAGUUGCCUAGUAAAGGUUUUUACUGAAUGUUAGAAAGUUGGUGGAUUAAAUGGUUUUUGUCAUCUGUUUUUUUUCUCUGUUUCUCAACCUGGAACAAUUUUUAAUAUUUCUAAAGAAUGCAUGUAAACGCCUCUCAUGAUGUAAAUAAAUUAAAGACAUGAUAGGCUAAAUACCCAACAUUUUCAUGUCUUUAUAUUGAUUUUGUUUCUUAUGUGAAAUUUUAAUGCAUAAUUCAGCCUUGGUAGUAGCAGCCAUUUAGCGCAAUUAGAUGAUAACAAAAUGUGCUGGUUUGCACAGAUUUAUGUUCUUCUGUGUGUAUUGUACAUGAACAAACUGGAAAUCAAUAUUUUACUGAUGCUCAAAUAGUU